AUGGAGGAUCCUACUGUCAUAGUACCCGCAAUCGGAUAUCCAGUGGCGUUUUUCGACGGGGCGUAUUACAAAGACUAUGUCCAGAAGAAAAGUCGCAAUGAAAUAAAAGGUGCAUGGGAAGCAGAGGCUCAGAAGGAAACGACAGAGAUGGCUCGGGCCACUGGCGACAGACUUUCGUCGCCUUGUGAGACUUGCUUAUCGCCGGAUCAUUCGAAGCAGGACAGCUCUACCCUGGUUGACUCUGAGCAGGACUCCCUUGACAACGUCAACUGGCCUGAAGGCGAGUCAGAAUCAAAGCUUCAAUCCUUGGCCCCUCAGGCUUCUGCAGAGCAGGAAGGCUCCGCGCCCACGCGAGCAGGUGAAAAGCGCCGGUACUCUGGUACGCGGGCUCAGUCAGAACCGCCGUUGAAGAAGACUUCUGGGCUUUCUUCCCCAUCCAGAGAUGAAAACGCCAAGUCAGUCAUUGAUGUGGCGAAAAAGGGAAAUGGGGUGGACCCGAGCCGCUAUUGGAAGGCGGAGGUAAUCUUGACAUCAAGAGAAGAGGAAGAACCGGAGGCGGAGAAGCAUCAGGAUUUUCGAGAUGUCUCUGAGUCAGAGUUGCAGGUAGUAUCACCCUAUGGUGACAAAGGAUGGACGGUGAAGACUCCCUCUUUUGAAGUUGCGCGAAGGUUCAGGAGUAUUCGUUAUAUCAAAGUUCAUGGAUAUGAGGUUCCAGUCUCUGUCAUGAAACCCGCAGAUCCACGGGUUUUUAUGACUGACCACUUCGGGCUUCAGGGUCCCAAGGUAUUGAUGGACGCUCUCCUCCGGGUUCGAGAGAUCCAGCGAUGUGGCAUCCCGUUUUGGGUUGGGAUACAGAAGAACGGUGAGAUCCUGGGGACUCGGGCUCUGAUUGUGUUUGAGGAAGACCCGGGGUUCGAGUCCUUCGAUAUUCCAGUUACAGGUCCUAAUCACGGCCUGGAAAGUGGAUUCAGUGCCAAGUUUAGACAGGCGUAUCUAUAUGGCACUAUGUGUGAUGUUUGUAUGUUGAAGCAUUCGGACCGCACGGUGGUUCAAUGUCCUGAGCUGCAGACAUUGACCCCGUCUGCUGAUAUGGACCUAGGGCGUUGUGUUAUUUUGUCAUCUGCCCCAGAUGUCUCGUGA